AUGUCCCAGGCAGAUCAGACGAAACCUCUUUUAACAGCAUCUGUUCACGACGUUCGUUAUUUCACCGCUCUACUACGUGGGAUUGGUUUUUCGAACCGAGCAUCUGUGACAUUGACAGCCAGUAGCGGAAUAACUGUCACCGUCGAGGAAGCGCGAACACUACUGGCAACGUCGUACAUCUAUGCGGACCACUUUGACGAGUGGUUGUACAAUGUCGAUAAUCUACAAGCUGCCCCAUCCCAGUUAUCUGCGCCCGAUGUCGAUCGAGAAUCCGCUUCUUUCGAAAUCCCUCUAAACACCUUGCUUGAAUGCCUCAACAUCUUUGGAACUGCGAACAUAUCUUCCUCGAGUAGCGCAGGCUCGAAGAACAAACAGUGGCGGCGCGCCGAUGAUGGCUCAGAGGACGAGAGGGGUGACGAGGGACGGCGUCCUAAUGCCAAUCGCAUCGAUCAGUAUUUUGGCAGUCACGAGAAGAGGACGAGCAUGCGUCUCACAUAUGCUGGACCCGGACACGCCUUGACUCUUGUUCUUGCGGAAGACUCGUCAGGGCCUACGACGACGUGUGAGAUAUCGACCUUCGAUCCUGAGCCGAACUUAGAGCUACCAUUCGAUGCUGACCAGACCGUCUUAAAGACGAUUUUCAAGUCUUCAUUCUGGCUCCGUGACGCCCUUUCAGAACUCGAUCCAUCCUGCGAAAAAGUAACAUUGAUCGCCAACCCCGUAGCAGAUGUCCAGAGAGCGCAAAGAGGCGUUCCCGCUAAACCCCUCUUUCGAAUCCAGGGAACGGGAGCAUUUGGCACCACCGAGAUGGACUAUCCGAACGACAGAGAGGUACUGGAAACGUUCGAGUGUUCGCGCAGUGUCAGCUUCAGCUAUCGGUUUUCACAUAUAUCACGCACGCUGCGAGCUUUACAAAACUCAACAAAGACCUCUCUUCGCGUUGAGCAGGAGGGUUUGUUGAGUUUGCAGUUCUUAGUGCCCGUGCCAAGGCCGCGGGGUGGGGUGUCAGAUUCUUUCAUCGAGUUUCGGUGUCUUGCUUUGGACGAUGAUGUUGCGCACUAA